AUGUUAGUAUCACCUACGGCCGUCAGGGCCUUUCAGCGACGAAUACUCGCGCUGCCCUGCAACCGGCGUAUGGCGACAGCUUCGAGCUCUCUGUUAGACGGCAAAGUCUUACAAAAUAACAAAGAAACCAAUAAUUUCAUCAACUACAAGAAAAUGGCCGAGAACCUUGCUAUAGUUCGCUCGAGACUAAACCGCCCUCUAACUUACUCAGAAAAGAUUGUCUACUCCCAUCUUGACGAUCCACACAAUCAGGAAAUCGAGCGCGGCGUCUCUUAUCUUAAAUUACGGCCCGAUAGAGUCGCAUGUCAAGAUGCAACAGCACAGAUGGCCAUCUUACAGUUUAUGUCCGCGGGGAUGCCUUCUGUUGCGAACCCCACUACGGUCCACUGCGACCAUUUAAUAGAAGCACAAGCUGGUGGCCCCAAAGACCUGGAGAGAGCACAAAAUAUCAAUAAAGAAGUUUACGACUUUUUAUCAAGUUCGUGCGCAAAGUUCAACAUUGGCUUUUGGAAACCUGGCUCUGGAAUUAUUCAUCAAAUUCUUCUAGAAAAUUACGCAUUUCCUGGAGGCUUGUUAAUAGGGACUGAUUCCCAUACCCCCAAUGCAGGUGGUCUCGGUAUGUGUGCGAUUGGUGUAGGUGGAGCUGAUGCGGUUGAUGUUAUGGCCAACCUUCCUUGGGAGCUCAAGGCUCCCAAAGUCAUUGGUAUAAAGCUAACUGGUAAACUCUCUGGGUGGAGCUCUCCUAAAGAUAUAAUUUUAAAGGUAGCUGGCAUCUUAACCGUCAAGGGUGGUACUGGUGCUAUUGUUGAGUACUUCGGACCAGGCACUGAUCAAAUCUCGGCCACCGGAAUGGGUACGAUCUGUAAUAUGGGUGCAGAAAUCGGAGCUACAACUUCCUUGUUUCCAUUUAACGAUAGAAUGUAUGAUUAUCUAGCAGCUACCAGUCGUCAUAAAAUAGGAGACUUUGCCCGAUUAUACGCAAAAGAUUUGAAAGCAGAUGAGGGUGCCGAGUACGAUCAAUAUAUUGAGGUUAAUUUGUCCGAACUGGAGCCGCAUAUCAAUGGACCAUUCACCCCUGAUCUUGCAACACCUAUCUCCAAAUUUAGCGAGGCUGUGAAGGCAAACAACUGGCCGGAAGAGUUAAAGGUCGGACUGAUUGGCUCUUGCACGAACUCAUCGUACGAAGAUAUGUCACGUGCAGCAUCAGUGGCUCGUGACGCUCUAGACCAUGGGAUUAAGUCAAAAGCUUUAUUUACUGUCACUCCUGGCUCGGAGCAAAUUCGUGCUACUAUCGAGCGUGACGGACAGCUUCAGACGUUUGAGGAGUUUGGAGGAACGGUUCUUGCUAAUGCCUGUGGACCAUGCAUUGGACAAUGGGACCGUCAGGACGUCAAGAAAGGAACCCCAAAUUCCAUCAUCUCAUCAUACAAUCGGAAUUUCACUGGGCGUAACGAUGCCAAUCCUGCAACCCACUCCUUCGUCACAUCUCCUGAAUUAGUCGUGGCGAUGACAGUCGCUGGAUCUCUCCACUUCAACCCUCUAACAGAUAAAUUGAUGGAUAAGAACGGGAAAGAGUUCUUGCUAUCACCACCAACAGGUGAAGGGUUACCAGCCAGAGGAUACGAUGCGGGGAAAGAAACUUAUCAGGCACCACCAGCUUCGCGCGAUGAAGUCUCUGUACAAGUCUCUCCUGAAAGUGAUCGAUUACAGAUCCUUGAUCCUUUCAAACCCUGGAAUGGAAAAGACGCGCUUGAUAUCCCGAUACUUAUAAAAGCUCAAGGCAAGACGACAACUGAUCAUAUUUCAAUGGCAGGCCCUUGGCUGAAGUACAGAGGCCAUCUAGAUAAUAUUUCGAACAACAUGUUGAUUGGUGCAAUCAAUGCUAUGAAUGGAGAGGCUAAUAAGGUUAAGAACUUCACCACCGGUGAGUUUGGCUCUGUUCCGGCAACGGCUAGAGACUACAAGAAGAAAAACAUUCCUUGGGUUGUCAUUGGUGAUUGGAAUUAUGGUGAAGGGUCCUCGAGAGAGCACGCCGCUCUUGAACCCAGACACUUGGGUGGACUUGCCAUCAUCACAAAGUCAUUUGCGCGCAUCCAUGAGACAAACCUUAAAAAGCAAGGUAUGCUCCCAUUGACGUUUGUUGAGCCAGAAGACUACGACAGAAUACAACCAGAAGAUAAGUUGGACUUGAUGUGCACAGAACUAUCAGUUGGCAAACCAAUAACUCUAAAGGUCCAUCCAAAGAAUGGAAAGUCCUUUGAGAUAAAACUAGCUCAUACAUUUAAUGAGCCACAAAUUGAGUGGUUCAAAAAUGGAUCAGCUCUAAAUACAAUGGCAAAAGCUAAUAAAUAA